GGCUUGAAUGGGAUCCCAGUGUGACUUGGCAGUCAAGCGGGAGAGGAGCCAAGCUCAAGUACAGAAGAAGACAAGGCAAAAAGACACUCUCUUUUUUUUUUAUUACCGGCUCUCAUCGGCAUUGUUUCACUCUUUGCGCUCAACUGGAAUUGUCAAGCAGAUUCUCGGCGGGACAUUACUUGGCAGAGUCCGAGCCGCGGUGUUGUUGGCCGACGAAAGCAGCGGACAAAGAAAGGGGAGGCAGGCUGGACUACAACAACUGAUUUGACAAGAAAGCGCCACUGUUGGAAGAAAGACGGAGAGUCGGAAGUGAUUUGUUUAUCCACGGGGGGGAAAAAAUGUGCUUCGAAGCGUUUUGAAGGACAAACAGUAACAGUUCGAGAGAGGCGGAGUUUCUUUUCGGUGAAAAGACUUUCAGCUUUCGGAGUAUGGGAGGAGUUGUCAACCGGCUAUAAAAUGUACCCGCUGCACAGAGAGAGGGAGCAGCCCAUCUACAGUGCCCGAGCUCACGUGUUCCAGAUUGACCCGGCCACCAAACGCAACUGGCUGCCAGCCAGCAAGCAUGCCGCCACGGUGUCCUUCUUCUACGAUGCCAACCGCAGCGUCUACCGCAUCAUCAGCGUGGGUGGGACUAAAGCUAUCAUCAACAGCACCAUCACCCCGAACAUGACUUUCACCAAAACCUCCCAGAAGUUUGGCCAGUGGGCUGACAGUCGGGCAAACACGGUUUACGGCCUCGGCUUCUCUACAGAGCAGCAGCUUCAGCAGUUUGCUGAACAGUUUAGGGAGGUGAAGGAGGCAGCUCGUCUGGCCAGAGAGAAGUCCCAGGAGAGGUACGAACUGGCCAACCCUGCUCUCAACAUCGCUGCCCCACAGGAGCUGUCGGAGGAAUGUCACUCACCACCGCUGCUGACAGUCAACGGGCCAGGAGAGGAAAAGCUGUUUCGCAGUAAAAGUGCAGAAGUGGAGCUCACGGUAGAGAAGGAGAGGGUCAAAAAGAUGCUGUCUGAAGGGUCCAUGUGUGAAAUCAACUUGGAGGCAGAGCUCUUCACUCUACAAGACAGUAACGCCAAGCUGGUAGCAGCACUGCAAGAAGCCAACAGCAGCGUGGUGCAGUGGAAGCAGCAAUUGGCUGAGUACCAGGAAGAGACCGAUCGCCUUAGGGAGCAGGUGGCAGAGUUGGAGGCACAGCUUGGCCAUCCCGCUGCUGCUCACGCUGAUAGCGAGGAGCUCAGCCGCUCACUGGAAGAGCUGGAAACCCUGCUGAGCAUCAAGGAACAGGAGAUACACAGUCUACAGAGCAAGACAACAGACGUGGGGCAGCUGGAGAGGGAGAGAGAAGAGGCUAUUCACAGACUCAAGGACCUUGAGAGGCGAAACACUGAGCUGGAAGGUCAAGUUCAGAGCGCUGAAAAGACACUGGCCUCCAGCAGGGACGAGCGGGACAAAGCGGAGGUCGAGGUCCAACACAUCAUCCAGGCGCUCGAUGUCAAAAUAUGUGAUUUGAAUGACCUGAGACAAAGUUUGGCCAAACUCAUGGAUAAGUAGUCCCGACUGCAGGCGGGCUGCAUCUCCACAGUCAAGGCGGGUUUUCCUUCACUUUCACUUUAUUACACAAUAAUAAUCUACUUUCUUACAUGUACGUAGCAAUACUGUUCUAGUACUAUCAUGUGUAACAUCUGAUGUGCUACUCUGCCUGCGUUCACACUUGUGGCUCUGCACUCGUCUGCAGCCAACAUUUUUCAAACUUAGCAUUCACAUUUGUAUUUUUAUUAUUGAACCAAAGACCGCGCAGUUAUAAUAACAUUAGGCGUGAUCAAAUCUGCAAAUAUUAUUAGUAUUGAACUGAAAUAGUGGUAAAUACAGGUCCAGUAUUUCCGUUGUGGAUAUUAAGAUCAUUGAAUCAUUUUGUGAUUGUGCCUUUUAUUUGUUAAUCAUGAUUAUGAUCAAACAUUUUAGGCAAACCAAAAAAACAUUUAUAUCAACAAGUACAUUUUGAAAAAAAAAACAAUACAUAACAAUGUAAACAAAUUUGGGCUGUGAAUCUUUGGGCACCACACGAUUCGAUUCCUGGGGGGUAACAAUUCGAUUCAGAAUCAAAUCUCGAUAUAAAGUUAAUACUUUAAAAAUAUUGGGUGCCAGUUCUAUGAUUGACUACAUUCCUCCAUAAAAUAGAUAAACAGCUCCAACAAAUUUCUAUAUUACUUAAAGGAAAACUGUUUUUGUUUAAUAAAAUUCUACCUAAAUAUUUAAUAAAGUCAAAUACAAUCAAGGCAACAAGAGAAGUAUCUCACACUUCUCUUUUCAAAAGUGAAUCUGUACAGCAGAUAUGGGCAUCUACAUCAACAAUAUAAUUUUCCUGAGUGGCUGGACAGGAACGAUUUUUUAAAAAUAUAUAUUUUUAAUCGAUUAUAGAUUUUUUUUAAUCGAUUAAGAAUUACAUCUCAUUCGAAAAUGUAUUUUUUUUACACCUCUAGUAAAAAUAUCACCAAAAUAGUACAACUAUUUAUUUAUCAUUACAUACAACUGUAGUAAAAUAGGUCAACAAAAGCAAAAACUAUUAUUGGCUGUCAUUCAAAUCCUUUGUAUGAUUGCCCCCAGGGCCGUCUUGUGUCCAAUGAGUUUUUAACGGUUUAAAAUAAUCAACUAGAAAAGCACGGACCUAAGCCAGGCCAUUUGUCCCAAUAGUGAAAAAUUCAUAAAUCCAAGAACAGCCCCAAAAAUUUAAUUAAUUGUUCCUUAUUCCAUUUUUGGCAUUUCCUGCAAUUCUUAAAUUUUCCCCAUUAAUGACAUUUUCUAAAAGGUAGAUGAAAAUCCCCCCAUAACUGUUUAUGCUAUCUGUAUCUAAAGUUUGAUGAAAGGAACUUAGUGAACACUCUUGUAUGUCUCCACUAUCUUUGUCUCUGUGGUGCCGCCAACACACACACACAUUGACUUACAUUUGUGUGCGUGCACAUAAGGCAACAUAGUGGAAAUGAUCCAGAUCAGGUGUUCCUUAUACGUUAUUUCCUUUAAAGUAUCAUGAAAAUCUGCACGUAACUUUUGGAGUUAUUUUGCUAACUAUAACUGACAGAAAAAGGAAACAACGAUACUGAUCAGUGGCACAUCCUUAAUUCUUAGUCCUUUUUUUUUUCCUGGACUGUGGAAAUGCAACCCACCUGAGUAUAGUCAGGGGAUAAACAUGUGAAGAUUGAAAAGCUUGACAGUCAUCACCCAGCAGCCAGAAGCUCUUCAGAGUUGAGCACAAAACCAUCAGUGGAUCAGCAACAUGUAUUUUACCCACUACUUUAUUUCAGCUGCCCUACUCUCCACUCGCUCUAUUAUUCAUGUUGAUCGUAAAGGAGAAGUAGAAAAGAUGCUAAGUUGGCAGCGUCAUUCCCUCCAUUGCGUCUGAAUCAGCGAUUCCAUUCGAUUAAUGUAUGUGCCAAGUUUGAUUUUGUUUACAUUUGUUAACGCCAUAAUUAUUACCAGGAAGAAGGAAGGAAGUGUGCAGAGAACAGUUUCAACCCAGGAGAACUGCAAAACUUCUGUAGUUAAACACAGUUUGUGUGCGUGUGUGUAAGUAUUACAUUACUCAACAGUGUACAACUUGUAAGAAGCACAACUGUAUGAAUUUACUAAAUGGGUACUUGACUGACUUUGUGAAACCGAAGCAAAACUAAAAAGCAUUGUACCUCCUAAUCAUUUCCUCUGCAUUUGACAGGUGUGGUGUAAGCUUCUGCAGCAGCAAAUGUGAUUUAAAUUAGCUUCUAGAUAAAUCUAGCCACCUGUAGGGUGCAGUUUCACCUCAUAAUAACAAAACCCAAAACCAGUGAAGUUGGUACGUUGUGUAAAUUGUAAAUAAAAAACAGAAUACAAUGAUUCACAAAUCCUUUUCAACCUAAAUAAAAUUGGUAAACUUUGUUAUUUUUUGCAAAUAUUAGCUCAUUUGGAAUUUGUUGCCUGCCACAUGUUUCAAAAAAGCUGGCACAAGUGGAAAAAAAAAGUCUGAGAAAGUUCAGGAAUGCUCAUCAAACACUUAUUUGGAACAUCCCACAGGUGAACAGGCUAAUUGGGAAUAGGUGGGUGCCAUGAUUGGGUACAAAAGAAGCUUCCAUGAUAUGCUCAGUCAUUCACAAACAAUGAUGGGAUGAGGGUCACCACUUUGUGAACAUAGCGUGAGCAAAUUGUCGAACAGUUUAAGAACAACAUUUCUCAACGAGCUCUUGCAGGGAAUUUACGGAUUUCACCAUCUACAGUCCAUAAUAUUAUCAAAAGUUUCUGAGAAUCUGGAGAAAUCACUGCACGUAAGCAGCAAGGGUGAAAACAUUGAAUGCCCGUGACCUUCGAUCCCUCAGGCGGUACUGCAUCAAAAAUCGACAUCAUUGUGUAAAGGAUCUCACCACAUCUAAGAUGGACUGAUGGAAAGUGGAAAAUUGUUCUAAAUCCACAUUUCAAAUUGUUUUUGGAAACUGAGGAAGAGGAAAAGAACCAUCCGGACUGUUAAAGGCACACAGUUCGAAAGCCAGCAUCUGUGAUGGUAUGGGAGUGUAUUAAUGACCAAGGCAUGGGUAACUUACACAUCUGUGAAGGCACCAUUAAUGCUGAAAGGUACAUACAGGUUUUGGAGCAACAUAUGUUGCCAUCCAAGCAACAUGUUUUUUAUGGACGCCCCUGCUUAUUUCAGCAGGACAAUGACAAUGACAAUGCCACGCUGUUGCGUAACUUCGUAGUAAAAGACUGCGUAUACUAGACUGGCCUGCCAGUAGUCCAGACCUGUCUCCCAUUGAAAUUGUGUGACGCAUUAUGAAGCUUAAAAUACAACAACGGAGACCCCGGACUGUUGAACAACUUAAGCUGUAAAUCAAGCAACAGUGGCAAAUAAUUCCAUCUGAAAAGCUUCAAAAAUUGGUCUCUUCAGUUCCCAAACGUUCACUGAGUGUUGUUAAAAGGAAAGGCCAUGUAACACAGUGGUAAAACUGCCCUUAUGCCAACUUUUUGCAAUGUGUUGCUGUCAUUAAAUUAUUUGCAAAAACUAUUUUAAGUUUCUUAGUUCAAACAUUAAAUAUCUUGUAUUUGCAGUCUAUUCAAUUGAAUUUAAGUUGAAAAGGAUUUGCAAAUCAUUGUCUUCUGUUUAUAUUUACGAUUUAAACAAUGUGCCAACUUCACUGGUUGUGGGUUUUUUAUUAACAUUUUGAAGGAAGUAUUUUGUUUAUCAUUACAACUACUUUUUCUCAAGUGGUCAGAAUAUUAGUUCGCUGGGAAAGGAAUGUAGUUCUAACAAGUUUCACUGUGAUUUUAUUCCUAUCAGCUUCACAUUUCAUCAUCCCAGCAACUUAUUUCACCAUCUGGCAGUUCUGACCUCAGCAGCCAUAUGCAAGCCUCUAUGUAUACUUUUGAAGUUUUUCACUACUCCUUUGUGGUAAAAAAAAAUUAUAAUAAAUCUACACUUCACUUAUUAGCAAGGCAGCGUAUUUAGCAUGACAGCUUUUAACUACAGGCCAGAAAAUCAAACACACGGUGGUUCUUAGGCUGAGCAAACACAUUUGCAAACCGCAAAAAUACUUGUACAGUAGUACUGUACCUUGGUAGUAAAUUCUUCCAAAAGAUCAGACAAAGACAGAACCGAUACAUGUUUUCCCAUAAGAAAUAGUGAAAAUCUAAUUCAUCCGUUACCUACAGACAAAAAUACUACCACAUGACUUUUUGUAGAAAAUUGUUAUAGUUUUACAUGCAGAAAACAAAGAAAUAACAAAUUAAUAUCAGUUUUACCUUUUUUUGAAGACUAGUUGGCGAAAAGCAGAAGUGGAGGGAGCCAUCUUCCUGCUUUGCUCUGAGUACUUUCUGAAUGUUUCUCCUCUUCUUUACCAAAGUGCUCCCACAUGAUACUUUCUUCGGCCAGUCGUACUGAUAAAAGAAAGCAAAGACUGAGUCACCAACCUGUAGGAUUUAUUAUCUUUGGACACUUGAUUCCACGGGAUGAUUGACUUACUUGUUUUGCGCAAUUGUUUGUCCGUACAAUAACUGGGACAAGACAUGAAAACCGGGGUAAAAUUUUGCAAAGAUUUUCAUCAAACUGAAUAACAAAAUAUGUGGGGUGCAUAAAAACUAACUAAAAAACUGCGGUACAAACAGUAUUAUUUCAUGAUCUCAACACAUAAAUGUUUGAAAUCAUAUUUUCUCUUUAGUUGCACUUGUGAUAUUUCUAUAGCUUCUGAUUGCUGGCAUGCAACACAUUUUGAUAAGACUUAUUUUGCACAUCGUUUGCACAAAUAUUUAGUAGUUUUUACUGUUUUUGUUGCUCAAAAAGGACAAAUCCAUCCAUGGUAAUAUUUUCACCAUCAAUGAAACUGAUUUGUUUUUGUGUAACCACCCAUAUUGUGUCCUCUCAUACUAAACAAGACUGGAAAUGGGAAAUUGUAUAAUUUAUCAUACAAGUUUUUUUCUGUGCUAACUGUAGAGUUAGACCUUAUAAGGUGUCAUAUGUAAUAAUUUCAUGUCAAGUCAUUAGAUGGCCCUCAUAUGUCAAAAGGCAUUAACAAAUCAUGUUCUUUUCGAAUACCUGUAUAACUAAUAACGGUAGUUCAGCUGGGAUAUGCUUAUUUCAAAAUUAGUUUUACAGACUCAAAAAUAUUAUUGUUUUCAUUUCAAUGCCCCGGCCUCCACCGUUUGACCAAUUAAAGUCUGUCAGUGUGUCACAUCCAGUUUGCCAGUUACGCAACGCUCACUUCGUCUAGCUACUGCCAAUGGUGAAGUUACUAAACAUGUCAGACCUUAGUAAAUCCAAAAGGCGUCGUUACGAUUCUCAACUUUUUCAUGACAAAACGAGGAUCUUUGAAAGAUGGAGACGAUUGAAGGCAGAGCAGAUUUUUACAUCUGAUGCCAAACUUGCUAAUUUCCUCCUUCAUAGGUAAUUCAGGCAUUUAUGUUUAUUUAUUACUUGUAAUAAAUGGAAAUUGACAUUUUUUAUGUUAACUAUAUUGUCCAACACAGUCUUGUUUAACAAAACUAGUAUGUUCGUGCAAUGAAUGCACCAUUACACAAGUGUAGCUUACGGGUUAUACUUAUACUUCUGUAGCGCUUUUUUCUACCUUUAACCUCUAAAGUCCUCAGUGGCCACAUACGUGGACAGCACCUUUUAGCUCUUAUUUCCAAUAUUGUGUACACUACUGAAUUGGGGUCUUACGGCCCUUAUGUGGACAACAAUACUGUUAUCUGGUGGUGUCAGAAGAGUAUAACCUACAAUGGAAUUUGGGGAAAAAAGUGUAAAAGUAAGAAUUAGCAUGUCACUAAACAUGAAGUACACGUUUGUUACUUUUGGUCUAAACACAUCAUAUAACAAGAUAAUUAUUAGUUUUUUAUUCUAAUUAGGGCCCAAUAAGCCCAAAUAGCAAAGGUCAAUUUAAAAAAGCAUGUAAACAAACAGCUUGGGCCUUAGGAGUUAAGGUACUCAUAGCGCUUUGACACUAUUUCCACAUUCACCCAUUGAGUUGCCAUGCAAGGCGCUAACCAGGACCCAUCAGGAGCAAGGGUGAAGUGUCUUGCUCAAGGACACAACGGACGUGACUCGGAUGAUAGAAGGUGGGGAUUGAACCAGGAACCCUCAGGUUGCUGGCACAGCCACUCUCCCAUGCCGUCCCUACGCUUAGCACACUAGCCCGGUCAAUGACACAUCGACAAGCCUGUAUGUCAAUGUGUCAUCCAACUGACAGGGCAAAAUGUAUUUUUUGAUAUUUUGCCCUCUGUGGAUAUGGGUAGUGUCAGUGCCUAUUUUGCCCUCUGUGGAUAUGGGUAGUGUCAGUGCCUAUUUCGUUCUCAAUAUGCUGUUACGCUGAGGAAAUACGUUCCAACAUUAUUACGGCUAAUUACGGUUUCUGGUACUGUAUGUGCAUCAGGCACAUAUGGGGUGGUAUUUGGCACAUUAUAAUGCAUUACAUUUACUUUGUGUAUUGACAUGGUAGUAGGCAAUAUGAUUUAUGCGAAACAUGGUUUCUGCGUAACGUGGGAUGGCUCAUAGAAUUGCACUCUGCACUGAAAAAUGGUGAUGUGCGUACAUGAAAGAGAAUGCAGUGCGUCAGAUUGGAUGCAACAUGGAAUUAUGCUGAAUGAAGUGUGGCAGUAAUUUUACCGUGGGCCUUGGCUUGCCUUCAAAGUAGGCCUAUACGAUUAUAUAAUAUAUAUUGUUAUGUAUAAUUAGUUCGAAGGUGGUCCGUGUGGUCAAACUCGACAUUUUAGCAGGGUAAUGCCAACAAUCUGUUCCGACUCCCGACAAAAAUUUUGUUGCGUAACUUUACAAAUAUAUUUGGCUAAUCGUCAUCAGUAAAAGAUGGCAUAAUUUCAUCGUAAACCAUCUUAAAAGAAGCAUAAACAAGAGAAACCUACAGCCUAGGACUUGUCGAUUGCCAUUUGAAGUUCCUUGGGUUGGGAUUCGGCUGUGUAUCUGGCAACCUCAGUCACGGAAAGAGGGGGGGGGACUACGGAAUUUUGAGCGUGACUGCAGUGCCAUUUCUGGCCACAUUACUACAUAUGGCACCUUUAAAAUAUCUCAGCAAUGGAACACAGAACCAAAGAAGUGUUACCACCUAAAAUGGAAUUAGCACAAGGCCUUCUGCACAAAUGACUGAAUUACCUUCUCUAAACUGUAUUUUCACCUUUUACAUAAAUGCUCGUUAGAUUGUAGUUUUGUCAUAAUGAAGAUAGCAAAUUGGGAAAACUGGUAAUUGUCUAUUCAAGGCCGUAACCCAAAUUUUUCAUGAGUGAAUUUUAAAGUUGGGUUUAUACGUGAGAUUGAUCUUAUAUAUGUAAAUAAGUCUUGCAGCAUUAAAAUUCUGCCAUGCUUAAA